AUGGCGGCGGGUGCGUCGGACCCACUGGAGGAGAUGCUGCUCUUCUCCGAGGAGGUGGACGAGAAGGCGCUCAGCGACCUGGUGGGAUCCCUGGAAUCGCAGCUGGCCGGCGGCCGCGGCCCCGCCGAGCCGCCUCCGCCCAGGACCUCCGUCCCGUCCCAGCAGCCGCAGCAGGGGAGCCUGGCGGGGGGCAGCAGCCCCGGCCGGCAGCAGCACGGCCGCCCCGCGCCCCCUCCCGCGCCCGGGGCAGGGGAGGCGGCGGGACGCCCCGGCAGCGCGGGGAGCCGAGCCUCCGCCCAGGGGCCUCUCCCGUCCCCGUCUCCCCCGGCGGCGGCGGCAGCGGCGGCGGGGAGGGGAGCGAGUGUAAACAGUAGUAGUGUGCAGCAAUCACAUGGAGCGGCUCCCGGCGGCGGCAGCCCCGCCGCUCCCGCCCCGCCGCAGCCCGCCGCCCCUGCCCAGCCUGUCAACAACCAUGUGGCCGCCGCAGCCGCCGCCGCUCGGGACGCGGGGAGCCCCGGCCCCGGCCCCAGCCCGACCGCCGCCGACGGCGCGCCCGGGGCCGCGGGGGGCGGCGGAGCGGCGGAAGCGGCCGAGGGCGCCGCCGCCGCCCCGUGCCCCGGCCAGGCGGCGCCCAACGGGGAGGGCGCGGGGGCCCGGGCGGCCGCGGUGCCGCCCGUCGGCGGGCACGGCGGGGCGGCCGCCGCGCAGCCCCAGCCCGCGCCCGGUGCGCUGCCCGCGGUCACCGCGCUCGGCGCCUCCGCCAGCCCCGCGCCCGCACCGCCGGCCCCGGGCUCGGCCCCGCCGGCUCCCGCGGCCCCCGCCGCGCCCAAGCCCGCGGUCACCGCCAAGGCGGGCGCUGCCCUGCCCGCCGCCCCCCAGGCCGUGUCGCCGCGGCCGGCGCUGGGCGCUGCUCCCCGGCUCGUGGCCCCGCAGCUGAUCGUGCGGCCGCCGCCGCACGCCACCAUCCAGCUGCCGCCCGGCUUCACCAUCCCGCCCGGGAUGGUGCUGGUGCGCACGGACGCCGGGCAGCUCGUGAUGGUGCCCCAGCAGGCUCUGGCACAGGCUCAGAUGCAGGCCCAGGUGCAGACACAGGGACAGGGUCCUGCCAACAUGUCACCCAGGCUUUCUGUGCCCACAGCUGGCCCCGUUUUUCGCCUGUCCACAGCUCAGCAGCCAACGUCCGUGGCCACCUCCAGCGUCCGCCUGGGCCUCCCGGUGCAAGCCAAGGUGGUGCCAUCCACGGCGGCGCCCGCCAGCGCCACAGCCACGCUGCCAGGAGGGGCUGUGCUCUCACACACCACGGUAUCAGUAGCUACGACGAGCGCUCCAAAUUUGUUGAAGACGACGGUGGCGGGUGGAAGCGCGGGCUCGCAGCAGCCGGCGCUGCUCAGCGGCGCGCAGAGCCAGGGCUCGGGGCAGCCCCGGCUGCCGCUGCCCCCGCACACGGCAGCGCAGGUGCCAGCGCAGCCCCUGGUCAUUCCCAGCUCUCCUGUGCCCGGAACCACCGUUGUGUCCCAGGAAAUGCAAGAGAAUGUGAAAAAAUGUAAAAACUUUUUAGCUACCCUUAUAAAGCUUGCUUCUCAUAAUUCACCAUCUCCAGAAACGUCCCGCAAUGUGAAAGCUCUGGUUCAAGAUUUGUUGGAUGCAAAGAUUGAUCCAGAAGAAUUUACAGGCCGCCUUCAAACAGAACUCAAAUCAUCUCCUCAGCCAUAUCUUGUACCUUUCCUUAAGAAAAGUCUACCUGCACUGAGACAAUCUUUACUGAAUAGUCAGCAUUUGGUUUUGCAAGGACAGCCGUCUCAGCAGUCACUCCAACAGACCAAGCUCUCACAAGUUAUACCUCAAUCUGCCUCGGGAAGCAUCUCCUCUGUUGUCACGACGCAGACAAUAGGAAUAAGGCAACCAAACAACAUUUGCACAGUCUCUGUAUCAAAUACAGUGCAGCCUCCUCAGGUUAAGGUGGUACAGUCAAAUCAGAGUUCUCAACUGCAGAUUAUCCAGUCAACAUCUGCUCAAACUGUGAAACGAACCCCUGCUUGCCAGACUACCCAGAUUAGGAUGCCAGUGGUAAUAACUCAGACCAUUAGACCACAAGGCACAGUAGGGAAGGCACCAACAAUACAAGCCAGUAAAAGUCCUGGGGGCUUUGGUGUUCAGGUCUCUGCAAAUCAGAAAAACAAGCUGAAUGACCCUGGAGGUGGUUCUUUCAGAGAUGAUGAUGACAUCAAUGAUGUUGCCUCUAUGGCUGGCGUUAAUCUUAAUGAAGAAAGUGCCCGAAUUCUGGCUACCAACUCUGACUUGGUUGGAGCCCAGAUCCAGUCCUGUAAAGAUGAACCCUUUCUUGCUGCUAUACCUCUCCAUAAACGCAUACUUGAAACGGCUAAAAAACUAGGAAUUACUGAUGUGCCAGCUGAGGUGGUUACUUUUAUUUCCCACGCAACACAGAGCAGAUUGAGGACAGUGAUAGAGAAGGUGACGGUGAUAACCCAGCACCGGAUGGAGUCGUACAAAGAUGAUGAGUGGUAUGAACAAGCCACGGAUGUCCGAUCACAGCUGAAGUUCUUUGAGCAGUUGGAGCGUUUGGAAAAGCAAAGGAAAGAUGAACAAGAGAGGGAGAUUUUGCUGAAGGCUGCCAAGAGUCGCUCAAGGCAAGAAGACCCAGAGCAAGCUAGACUGAAACAAAAAGCAAAGGAGAUGCAGCAGCAGGAGCUGGCCCAGAUGAGGCAGAGGGAUGCCAACCUGACGGCGCUGGCAGCCAUCGGCCCCCGCAAGAAGAGGAAGCUGGAUGCUCCUGGCCUGCUGACCAUGGGAGGAGAGGGCGUGGGGGUGUGCGGGGGCAGCCCGGCCGGGCUGGGCACGGCCUCGCCCCGGCAGUACCCCCGGCAGAAAAUCACACGAGUCAACCUCAGGGACUUCAUCUUCUACAUGGAACACGAGCGACAAAUGAGCCGUUCCCUCCUGCUCUACCGAGCUCUGCUUAAAUAAAGCCAACAGUCCUACUGAUUGCUCCACAGAAGCUCAACUUGCUUUGAAAGCUGUCAUUUUAAUGUGCCUUCUAUUUUUUUCAGAAGUCAAUGUUCCAGUAAUUUUGUUUUGUAAAAUUGUCAGACACAUGCAAUAAAUUCCCUUUAGAGAUAUAUAUAUAUAUAUAUAUAUAUAUAUAUAUAUAUAUAUACACCACAAAAAAUGUGCAAAAGGUUUUAAAAUGUUAACUCCGCAAAUAAAAUCAACAUCAAACUCUUGCUCCAUCUGGCCAUUUUAGGUAAGGCUGAAGCAGCUGGUGUUGAAGUUACACAAAUGCAAUGGCUCACUAAACCAUCUCCUGGCCAGGCGUGGGACAGGUUCACAGGAGUGGGUCCCAGCCUUGGUGUUCACCUGAGUGUUCCUCCUCAUGCUGGACUUGUUUUGUUUUCAGUUUCCUAGCACUGUCUCACUAACCAUGGCGAUACCAGUUGCUAUUUAACUUAGUUGUAAUGGCAAUUUUUUGCACAGCCAAGAGACUAGCCACUGCACACUCCCACAAAUUUUAUAUUUAGGAUUUUUG